AUGAUAGUUGUUUAGUAUUCAUUAUCCUGGAGCAUUUUAAGUUUACCAUCAAUUUAUCCACUUAUAAUUGAACCAAUAGAAAAUUAAAUGGAUACUGAUAUCAUUUGUGCUGGUUUUGGAGUUUGGAGUAGAUUUGUACCCUUAAGUUAUGUUUUAUAAAUUGGUGAAAUUGGAAUACUUGAUAGUAGUUGUUUUCAUUUGUAUAGAAUUUAGGAUAGGAUAAAUAAUGAAUUGCAUUUUUUAAUAAUAGAAUGUGUCAAUUUUGAAUAGAAAACAAUCAAGAAAUAUUUUUAAUUUUUAGGUAGUGAUGGCAGCUAAUUUCAAUAAGAAAUAUCAAUAAAUGAAGCAUCAUAUAAAUUUAUAUGGUAUUUUUAAGGAUUCAUAACAAUUCCAUCAUAAAAACAAGUUUCUAUUUAUUUAUAUGAGUAAAUGUCUUAGAAUUUUUCAUAAUAAAUCUAAAUUCAUUUUCCUUUAGAAGGAACUAAUUAUAAUUUAAUAAUCGUAGGACAUUUCAAAGUAAGUUAAAAUUCAUCACUUUAUACAUAUGAAAAUAGAUUACUUUCAUUCUUUCCAGGAUAAAUGAUUUAUCCUCUUGAUUUUUUCACUGAUAAACCUGAAAAUUUCUUAGAUAUUAUUGAAUAAAAUAAUGAAAAUUAAUGUUAUUGCUAAAAUAGUGCUAAAACAGAAAUUGAAGAUAUUAUUAUAUAAUAAUAAGAUCAAUUUUAAUUUUAUCUUAAUAACUUAAUUAAUAUAAGUUUUUAUUAUCAGGUUGGAUUAAACUUAAAGAAAUUAAUUUAUAUUCAGAUGAAUUUUAUUAUUAAUUAUUUAAACUGUCAGGAAAUUUUUAAUUCAUAAUUGACAUAAGAUAAUUUUAAUUAUUAUAUAAGAUUUCAUCUUUAGGGAACUAAAUUAUCAUAAAAUCAUAUAGUUAUACUUUCCCAACUGUUAAUAUUGAUUUUUCAAAAAAUCCUUUUUUAAAGACAUAAAAAUUUGAUAUAAAUUGUGAUAUUUAAUUAUGGCAUUAUAUAUUAAUAGAAAAGACAGAGACUUCUAUUUCUAUUUCAAUAACAUUUUAUUAAGGUUUUGAUCAAGAAUAAUUCAAUUUAAAUAUUUUAGUUAAUCAUUUUAAUAUGGUAUAAUUUAAAUUACUUUAUGGGAAUACUUUAAAGUCUAAAUCAGAUUAUUUAAUUAUAUAAAUUAUAGGUUUUAAAUUUUUAAAUUGUCCAGAUAUUAAUCAACCAAAUAAUAAUUGCCAUCUUACUUGCAAAGAAUGUGAUGGUCCAACUAAAGAAGAUUGUUUGUCAUGUUUUGAAUUAUCAAAUAGAAGAUAUUUACCAGAUUUUAAGGAAUGCAUCUGUUAAUAUGGAACAAUUGAUUCAAAUAAUGAAUGUAUUAAUUAUUAAAAUUUGAAUCUUAAUUUAGUUUAAGAAUAAGAAUUAAAAACAGUAUGCCAAUAUGGUUUUUUUAAUUCAAUGAUGAAUACUAUAAAUGGUAUUAUUAUAUAAUAAAUAUAUAAGUCCAUCUAUAAUUAAUAAAAAUUUUAUUACAUGUCUGGAAUGUGUAUAAAAUCCUAGUUUAUGGUUUUAGACUCUUUUUUGUUAAACAAUAUUAUGGACAGAUAAGAACGGAAACACAUUAAAAUAUUUUUAAACAUAUAAUAAAUUAUAUUAUAUUUUAGUAGGAGAUGAUAUAUAAUACUGUCCUGAUUGUAAUUCAAUAAGUUCAUCUAAUAGUUAAGUUGAUUAUAUAGAAUAAUUAUUUUAAUUUAAAUAAUUAUGCCAAUCAAUAUUGUAAAUAAAUUUACAGUAUUUAAUUUAUACUUUUAUAUUGA